AUGGCGACCUCAGAAUUCCCUUCCUUCCCGCGCCUUCCUCCGGAGAUCCGGCUCAUGAUCUGGAACGCUGCUCUCCCCGGCCCGAUCCACAACCCUCUAUUCUUCUGGAGGACAGUCGAAGUGAUAAAACACAGGCUGGACGACAAGUAUGACGACUACGACAACUGGGUCCCUGACCUCAUCGACCCAAUCGAGAUGGGCAUCUUCUCGGUCGAGAUCCCGCUCCUCGGAGUGAACAAAGAAGCCCACAAAGUAGCCCAAGAGUGGGUCCAACGCCAGUCUCCGAGUCUCAAAGUGGACGUGGACAACGACACCUACACUGAAGACCACAACAGGCUCGCAAUGCGCCACUUCAAUCCCCGCCGCGACAUAGUGUUCUGCCCCGAUGACAAAUGGACGGACUUCCUGGGGGAGAUGUGGAACAUGUACUACGUCCUAUCGAUCGAAGGGCCUGGUCGAUACCCCGAGCACGACAACAUCAUCCGACGCGUGGCGCUGCCCCAGCAGAUGCUCAUGGAUCCUCGAUUUGUUUCGCCCCCGAGGCUCUCCAGCAGGGGUGUCCAGCUGUGGUGCCGGAACCUGUAUAUUGUCGUCGACGCCCCCGCUGCACUGCGUGGGGUCGUCACCAACGGCCCGAACUGGGGGCUGGAGAUUCUGGACGACUUCCCCCGCGCGUCCUGUACCAGACCGGGCGGAUGGCGUAUCACCGAGGGCUCUGCUGCGCAUGGGGGGGCUGCCUAUGAGAGUGCAAGGGAGCUGCUUGGAGAGAUUGUGAAGUACAACUUUCCGGAGGAGGACUUUCGCGAAUCGGCCUUGCGCGAAUUCCCGAUAGACUUCGAGAUUCAGUUUGCCCGUGCGGUCGAGGGCUGA